CCUCUCCUCCUUCUAGUCCUCCUCCUCCUCCUUCUUCUCCUCCUCCUCCUCCUCUCAGGCUGUGGUUUUUCUGUAUAUGUUUCUGGAGUCCUGAGCCUGAGCUAAACAAAAGCAGGAGGCUGACGGGGCUGCUGGAGUUUGCAGAGACACGAAGGAGGAGAGAGCCUGGGCUUUGCCUGCCGCCGCUGCUGGGGGAGAUCUGGCUUUUGCAACAGCCCACCCCCUUUGAGAUCACUCUGGCCCGGAGUGGGGGUGGGGGGCAGCGGGGGGUGGGGGGGAAAGUUUGCAUUGCAAUCCCCCUGCCUUCCUCUCCUUUCUCCCGAUCAAUGCAUAUUUGCAAAAGGAUUAAGCCACAGAUUUAAGCGCCGGGAGCCCAUUUCUGCCUUGUAAAGGAGAUCGGACUGAAAAACCAAAAGCCAGCUCUGAUUUCUUUUCGCCAAGUGGGAAGGAUUUGAAGACAGCUUGAAGGAUAAAAAGCCUGGUGCUUCCCAGGAGCCGAGCCGAGGAGCAGAAGAGGAAGAGCCGAGGGCUGCCGUAGCCUUUGGAGAUGGACGAGCAGCCCAGGCUGAUGCAUUCCCACGCUGGGGUCGGGAUGGCCGGACACCCCGGCCUGUCCCAGCACUUGCAGGAUGGGGCCGGAGGGACCGAGGGGGAGGGCGGGAGGAAGCAGGACAUUGGAGACAUUUUACAGCAAAUUAUGACCAUCACAGACCAGAGUUUGGAUGAGGCGCAGGCCAGAAAACAUGCUCUGAACUGCCACAGAAUGAAGCCUGCCUUGUUUAAUGUGUUGUGUGAAAUCAAAGAAAAAACAGUGUUGAGUAUCCGGGGAGCCCAGGAGGAGGAGCCCACAGACCCUCAGCUAAUGCGCUUGGACAACAUGCUGCUGGCGGAGGGUGUGGCCGGGCCGGAGAAGGGCGGGGGAUCGGCGGCAGCCGCCGCAGCAGCCGCAGCCUCCGGAGGAGCCGGGUCCGACAACUCAGUGGAGCAUUCCGAUUACCGAGCCAAACUCUCCCAGAUCAGACAAAUCUACCACACGGAGCUGGAGAAGUACGAGCAGGCAUGCAACGAGUUCACCACCCACGUGAUGAAUCUCCUGCGAGAACAAAGCCGGACCAGGCCCAUCUCCCCAAAGGAGAUUGAGCGGAUGGUCAGCAUCAUCCACCGCAAGUUCAGCUCCAUCCAGAUGCAGCUCAAGCAGAGCACGUGCGAGGCCGUCAUGAUCCUGCGCUCCCGGUUUCUGGAUGCGCGGCGGAAGAGACGGAAUUUCAACAAGCAAGCAACGGAGAUCCUGAAUGAGUAUUUUUAUUCCCAUCUCAGCAACCCUUACCCCAGUGAGGAAGCCAAAGAGGAGCUAGCCAAGAAGUGUGGCAUCACGGUCUCCCAGGUAUCAAACUGGUUUGGAAAUAAGCGAAUCCGGUACAAGAAGAACAUAGGUAAAUUUCAAGAGGAAGCCAAUAUUUAUGCUGCCAAAACGGCUGUCACUGCUACCAAUGUGUCAGCCCAUGGAAGCCAAGCUAACUCACCCUCCACUCCCAACUCAGCUGGUUCUUCCAGUUCUUUUAACAUGUCAAACUCUGGAGAUUUGUUCAUGAGCGUGCAGUCACUCAAUGGGGAUUCUUACCAAGGGGCCCAGGUUGGAGCGAACGUGCAAUCACAGGUGGAUACCCUUCGCCAUGUUAUCAGCCAGACAGGAGGAUACAGUGACGGACUCGCAGCCAGUCAGAUGUACAGUCCGCAGGGCAUCAGUGCUAAUGGAGGUUGGCAGGAUGCUACUACCCCUUCAUCAGUGACCUCCCCUACAGAAGGCCCUGGCAGUGUUCACUCUGAUACCUCCAACUGAUCUCCCAGCAAUCGCAUCCCGGCUGACCCUGUGCCCCAGUUGGGGCAGGGGCAGGAGGGAGGGUUUCUCUCCCAACGCUGAAGCGGUCAGACUGGAGGUCGAAGCAAUCAGCAAACACAAUAAGAGUCUCCUUCUCUUCUCUUCUUUGGGAUGCUAUUUCAGCCAAUCUGGACACUUCUUUAUACUCUCUUCCCUUUUUUUCUGGGUAGAAGCCACCCUCCCCUGCCUCCAGCUCUCAGCCUCGUUUCCGUCAUCUUCCCUGCCUGCUCUCCUCUGUUCUAGCCUCCUGGGGUCCCUGCCCUCCAUCACAUCACUGAAGGAUAUUUUCAACAAUUAGAGGAAUUUAAAGAGGAAAAAAAAAUUACAAAGAAAAUAAUAAAAGCGUUUGUAUGUUUUCAUGCUGGUGGUUUGAGGAACCAAAUUUGCCUCCCUCGGAUCCUUCUCUCCCCAUGUUAACAGGCAGUCCUUCUCUGUUUCUCUUGUUAUUCUCACUACCUCUUAGCAGGAAUAUGCCACAUUGCCCUCCUCAUCCCAGGCCUCCCUGUCACCUCUUGCUCCUCCUCCCUGGGGACAAUCCUGAUUGGAACUCUGGCCUCUUUCUUCCCAGCCCCAGAUAUUCCCUGGGGACUGCCAUAGGUGGGCUUCUCCAGCUACCCCUCUUUCCAGUCUCAGCUCUACCAGGUGGAUUCCCAGGCAGGGAGUCAGAUAGCAGGGGAGGGCAGGAGGAACAGGAAGGGCAAAAUUCCUACAGACUUUCUCCCACUCCUCACCACGGCUCCCAGUUUGAGAGGCACGGUCUUUGGAGACCAUUGCAUACUUAGGAAGCAGUGUUCAAAUCUGACUGCCAACCAGGCCUCAGUGAGGCAUAGUGAUGAAGGCAUCAGUGAGGAGUAGAAGGUUCUGACCCCGAAACCCUCCACUGCCCUUCACGCCUGUGCACACACAUGGGGAUACAUGCACACUCCCACACCUUUACUACCUUCCCAAGACACCAUGUGCAAAUGCAUACGUUAGCAGUAUAGCACUCUCUCCGGUACGCUUAUGAGGGACAAUUAGCAGCUCCAAGUAAAGGUCGCUGACACAGAGAAGCAAUAUGUGCCUGGAGCGUCUAGGACCAGCAGGCCCACCAGCACACAUUUACCAGUGUAGAUUGCCCAGGACUUUCUUGUGAUGAAGGUCAUGUUUCCAGGGUCAUCUACUCCCGUUCUUACUACUUUUGGAGGUCUCAGGGAGCCAUACACAGUGCUUACAAAUACGCUUAUUUUAUUUUUGGUUUACUAUAAGGCACAUUAUAUUAAUUAUCCAAAGGAUUCUACUGCAUCAAGUUCUUGAUCCUGACCUUUUCCUCUGGAGGAAAAAGUGGUGUUAGAAUGUGGUUUAAGUGAACUUUUUGCUAGCUUAAUUUGAUGACAUGAAAGGCAUGGGGUAGGGGUCAUAAUGCUUUCAUCAAAGUCAUCACGCUGACUUGUAUUCCCUGGGGAUAUCGAAGAGACAAUAGCAUAUGCCAGAAAGGUAUUCUCCGAUGUCACCUGAGCUGACAUUCUUUAUCACCAAUUCUGCCAGCAAUAUGGAUGGCAGCUCUAUCACUUUAUUAAGUAAGAGGUGGUAAAAUCUUCUGGUGCCCAACUGUCUUCAUCUGUAAAGUGGGAAUUAUUCUGUGUGGCUCACCAACGGGCAUGUGAGAGACUGAAUAACUUGAAUGCAUUCAUAACCAAUCUGAAAAUGUGAAGUUAGGGGAGGUAACAUCCCUAAGAUAAACUGGUUUGUGCUCUAUCAGGACAAUAAGUGGUUUUCUUGUUCUAACUUCUGGUUAACAUCUGGACCCUGAUGUCAUCGCCAUAAUGAUAAAGAGGUUCUUUAUUUUUUAUUUUUUAUUUAGCUUUGAGGUGGGGGUUGGUUUGGUUUGGGUCUGUUUGGUUUCUUAGAAUUGAAGAAAGCUUCCCAACUAGAACAAUAGGACCAGUUCUAUUUCUACUUGAAUCCAAUAGGUGGCCUUACAAGCAGCUGACCCCUAUCACAUCCACUAUGCUUGAGAGGCUUCCACAGAAGUUUAGGAGAUCCUCAAGGGUAAGGAUGUCCAGACAAUAAGGUUGUGAAAAGUCUGCGUACUACUACAAUAAUGAACACUCCUCCUCUGUGUGUGCUUGGAGAAGACGGGGAUGCUACCUAAGAAACAUAAUUUGUGUAUUUGAAGAAAAUAAAAAAGUAAAUAUUAGGCAAAAUGCAGUUAUGCCUAGAUGACCAAGGAUACUAGGAAGACUAUGUCUACUAGCCUAGCCUAUAUUCAUAACAGGGCUAGAUGGAUAGGUUGCCUAAAAGGCACAUCUUUGUAACAACUCCAGUGAUAACUAUGGAGAAGUUUGUCUUAGGGGCAGGAACACAUGGGAAGUAUACAGGAAUACAGUUGGAUCACAUCAUAUGACAGGGCAAAGUAUAUAAGGAACACAGAAAGUUUCUCUUGGAAACAAGAAGAAUGACUCCCACUGGUUGAAUGAUUGUCACAUUAAGUUAAUGAAAAAUAUCAGAGCAGUGCUACAUUUGCACAGGCAGUACCCUCUACCCCACCCUGAGCAGCAGUUUGCACUGGUGGUAACCUCUCACAGUAUUUCCCCACCCAGCACUUUACCAGCUCCGCUUUAUGUCCAACAUCAUUCUCACAUUUCUCCCCUUCAAGCCCGCAGUCAUGUCCAACAUGGCAGCCACAGACCUCUCCACAUUACCUGGAGCUCCCAGUGGCAGUUGAAGGGUGGGAUGGGAAGAGCAUGCCUCUGGAAACACAGUCCCUGGGAAUAGGUAGUAGGUCAAUCCCACAAGACACCAAUAGGUGCCCAGGGAUUUCUUCAUUUUUUAAUGAAGAUGGGAGUGCACCCUUUUCACUGACAGCAAUUUUCCCCCAGGAAAUGAUAAUAGACCUGGGAUUUGCCCACCUGUAAUUCUUCAUUGUAUCCUUCUUUCCAUUCCUAACUCCUCCUUCUGGCAGGGAAUUGACUCCUGGGCAGUACUCUGGCCAAGUGGCACCUUCUUUUGAUUUAUUUUUUUUAUUUUUCUGUGAUGGUUCUUUGUUUGCUAGUUGCCUUUUCUCACACCUUGUCCCCCACUUCCCUUCUGCUCUUUAUUUUUCUGCCCAGAAAAACCUGACUUCGAUACCAAAAAAGAUGAAACUACAGAAACUCAAAUUUAAAAAAAACUUAAAAAAAACAAAAAAAUACUCAACAAUUCUUUCAGCUUUAUUAACAUUUUCCAUUGUUUCUUGCGACUUGUGUCUUGUUCUUUGUAGUAUUGAUGAUGAACAUUUGAUAAUGAAUGUUCUUGUAUAUUCAGAUAAAGAAAAAAACCAAAAAGCGGUCUGAAUUUAAUAGUGUUUAUAAUAAAAAUUUUAAAAAUGACCCUCAUAGCACGCAAAACAAGAUGGGGAUUCCCCCUUCUUUCUGUGACAAUACGCAUCAUUCCUGCAUUAGUUUUUAACACCAAACUACCUACAUUCAUCAUUUCCCCCAUUUUUCUUUUAUUUUCUUGCAUUUGUGAAUUAGUUCAAGAAUGCUAGAAAAGUGUCGAGUUGUGCACAUUCAUUUCUUGUUUCACAAUGUUUAAAAGUGACAGUAAUUCAUUUUGUAAACUAAAAAAAAAAAGGUUGGAAUAGUGAG